AUGUUCUUGCGCAUGGCGUGGCGCGCUCGCGCCGUGCACGCGCACGUGUCGCAGCUGAGGCGCGUCAAGGAGAGGCUCGUGCUGGCCCACCUGCGGAACCAGCCGCCAGAGCCCACCACCAGCGAGGAGCUGCACCGACUGUGGGCGCGGCUGCGGGAGCGUCUCCUGGGCGUGGUGCCGUGCGUCGGCCCGGCGGAGCGCUUCCUGGCGGACGUCCGCGACGAGUACACGCUCACGCACUUCGUGGCCAAGAGCCUGGCCGGCUUCCUCGGUGCGCCAGCAGCAGUGGUCCACGCCCUGCUCGCCGUGGUGCUCACCCUGGGGCUGGCCUUUUCCGCCAGAGUCAGGUGCUUCGUGCUACUGCUGCUGCCGCAGCUGUGCUCGUCGCGCGGCCGGCAAGCGCUGCUCGCCUACGCGCUCAUCCUCACGCUGGCCGGCCCCGCGGCCAACGCGCUGCGCAACGCGCGCGUGCUGGCUGACUCGCUGCGCUGCGGCCAGGACCGCAUGCGGGGCGCCGCGCGCCGCGUGCUGGACCUCGUGGCGCAGCCCCUGCGCGUGCUCAGCGAGGCGGUGAAGCGCGUGCUGAGGAGCAUCAAGCAGGCCGUGAGGACCAUCCGGGACAUGCUGCUGUCCGUCAAGAGGGCCGUCAUGGCGGUGUACCACGCCGUCAAGGCCGCCUUCUCCUGGCUCAGCGAGGUGGUGUCCGUGUGCAACAAGACGGUGGGCACGCCCUUCCAGAAGUGCAUGCGCGCCUUCGACCAGGCCUCCUCCGACUGCAUGGCCACCAUGGGCUCGGCGUUCUCGUGGAUGUGCAGCCCGGUGACGGCCAUCCAGGCCGUGUGCUUCACCGUCAAGUUCCUGGACUACAUGUGCGACCUCUUUGACCUCGUCACCAACGCCGUCGUCGAGAGCGUCAAAAAGAAGCUCCGCGCUUUCGGCCGCCACGUGCAGAGGGCGCUGUACGUGUCCGUGGACAUCGAGCACUCGUUCGAGCUGCAGACGAACCGCAGCAAGACCCUCACGCAGGUGGCGAAGGACAUCGGCCAGGACAUCCGCGACCGGUCGGACGCGCUGCUGGGCGCGUUCGGCUUCAUCAACAGCGCGCUCAGCCUGUGCUUCCUGGUGGUGCUGCUGCGCGUGUGGCUGUACCGCUACAAGUUCCUGACGCGCGACCACUUCGACAACCGCUUCGUGACCAAGGCCUUCCGCCAGCUGGACUGGAACCGCGCGCGCCAGGGCCGCGAGACGGUGCUGCCGCUCACCAUCAAGGAGCAGAACAAGUACAUCACGAUCUGGACGCCGCGGCUCGCCGGCAUGGAGCGAGUGCGGCUGGCGCGCAGCCUGGGCGUCGUCCUCUCGCACGCCGCCAAGAUGGCCAUGUUCCUGUUGGCCGACUUCUUCCUGUACUGGAUCCUGGCCAUCGUCUACCGCCACGGCCAGUUCAAGGCGCACGUCGACAUGCCCCCGCACCUGGGCGUGCGCGUGUACGGCGACGGCGUCAUCGCGCGGCUGUACCGCAGCGUCAUCGACACGUUCAAGCCCUCGGACGAGAAGUGGGAGGUGGACAGCGUGCCCUGCCUGCCGCGGCCCUUCCCCCCGGACUUCGUGCGAUACGUGCAGAUCAUGACCAUCCCACUGCUGUGCCUGGCGCUGGCCUUCUUGGAGCCGUACGUCCUCCGGGUCCGGCAGGCCGUCAUGUGCCACUACCACCCGGAGCGCGCGCAGGAGCGGGCCGUCUGGCUGUACAACCACGUGCUGCGCGCCAGGAACACCCUGGCCAAGAUGCUGCGGCGCCAGCUCCGCCGCCUGCUGGAGGCGAACCAGGACCAGCGCGGCGUGGAGCGCAUCACGUGCCUGGAGUGGCUGCGCGCCAGCGCCGGCCAGUACUGCGCCACGUGCUACAGCGAGCUGGGCCGCCUGUGCACCGCCUGCAAGAUGCCCGUGGACUACGGCGACGUGUCGGACAUCAGCGACGAGCCGUGA